CAUUCCACAAGUGUCAACUGCCAAAAACCUGCUUUCACCUUUUCUUUCAUUUUUCCCGCUCUCUCUCUCAUCGGGCCUCCUUGCUUAUCUUCUACUACUUCCUCUUUCUCUCUCUACACACAAAUUUCUUCUCUCUCUCCCACCCUAUUAUCUAUCAAUCGAUGGAUACUCUUCCAACUGCUGCGCCAUUAGUAUCCGGUAACUCCUUGCUGAAUUUCGCCAAGCUUUCUCCCAAGUCAAGGUUGAUCAAGCAAGUUUCUGCUUCGAUUCUAUCGAGGCAAGGGAUUGGAAAAUCAUUUUCGAUAACGGCCGCAAGAUCAGUGGCUGCCGAUGGAAGAAACGAUGGAAUUUCGAGCGCUAAGGAGUGGUCUUCUAUCGUGGAAGAUAUUGAGUCUGAUCAGGUGGAGGAGGAGAAAGAUGUGUUGCUUGAUCCUGAGAAGGACAGCUCUGGUUUUAUCGACUUAGGUCAUGAGUCUCUAGAAUUGAUUAAGGAUAUUGAAAAGGAAGACGAUUCUGUAAAGAAAGUAACUCAUAACAUUGUUUUUGUCACAUCUGAGGCAGCACCAUACUCCAAGACGGGAGGCUUAGGAGAUGUCUGUGGUUCAUUGCCGAUUGCACUGGCUGCUCGUGGGCAUCGCGUAAUGGUCAUCUCUCCCAGAUAUUUGCAUGGUAGUCCUUCAGAUAAAAAGUUUUCUGGUGCAUCUGACCUUAACAUCCGCACCAAUGUCUUUUGCUUUGGAGGUGCACAGGAGGUUGGAUACUUUCAUGAGUACAGGGCUGGAGUUGAUUGGGUAUUCAUAGACCAUUCCGCAUAUCAACGUCCAGGAAAUCCAUAUGGUGACACACAUGGUGCUUUUGGUGAUAACCAGUUCAGGUUUGCCUUGCUUUGUCACGCAGCAUGUGAAGCUCCUUUAUUGCUUCCAUUGGGAGGAUAUACCUAUGGAGAAAAAUGUUUGUUCCUUGCAAAUGAUUGGCAUGCAGGUCUUGUCCCAGUUCUUUUGGCAGCAAAAUAUCGCCCCUAUGGAGUUUACAAAGCUGCUCGCAGUAUUGUUAUCAUACACAAUAUAGCACACCAGGGUGUGGAGCCUGCAGUAUGCUACCAAAAUUUGGGACUACCAUCUGAAUGGUAUGGAGCACUGGGAUGGGUAUUUCCAACAUGGGCAAGAACGCAUGCCUUAGACACUGGUGAAGCUGUAAAUGUAUUGAAAGGUGCAAUUGUGACGUCUGAUAGAAUACUCACAGUUAGUAAGGGGUAUUCCUGGGAGAUAACCACAGUUGAGGGUGGAUGUGGACUGCAAGAAUUGCUAAAAAGUCGAGAGAUUGUCAUCAAUGGGAUCACAAAUGGCAUUGACAUUGAAGAUUGGAAUCCUUCAUCUGAUGAACAUAUUGCUUCUGCAUAUUCCAUAGAUGAUUUGUCUGGAAAGGCUAAAUGCAAGGCUGCUUUGCAAGAGGAGUUGGGCCUUCCCGUUAGGUCUGAUUGUCCGAUGAUUGGUUUCAUUGGGAGACUGGACUAUCAAAAAGGAAUUGAUAUAAUUCUGCAUGCAAUUCCAGAACUUCUUAAAGAUGAUGUUCAAUUUGUAAUGCUGGGCUCCGGGGAUAAACAUUAUGAAGACUGGAUGAGGAUCACAGAGUCAUCCUAUAAAGAUAAAUUCCGUGGAUGGGUUGGGUUUAAUGUGCCCGUGUCACAUAGGAUCACAGCAGGGUGCGACAUAUUGCUAAUGCCAUCAAGAUUUGAACCGUGUGGUCUUAAUCAGUUGUAUGCUAUGAGAUAUGGAACAAUACCUGUGGUUCAUGCCACAGGAGGGCUCAGAGACACAGUACAAACAUUUAAUCCAUAUGCUGAAGAAGAUGGGAAAGGCAAUGGGUGGGCUUUCUCCCCUCUAUCUCAAGAAAAGAUGUUGGAGGCUUUAAGAGUGGCAAUGAAGACAUACAGAGAGUAUAAGUUGUCAUGGGAGGGGUUAAUUAGGCGGGGAAUGGCAAGGGAUUGCUCGUGGGACAAUGCUGCGGCGCAAUACGAACAAGUGUUUGAAUGGGCAUUCACAGACCCUCCUUAUGUCAGUUAAGAGACCACUUUCAUUAUCUAUCUAUCUAUCUAUCAAUCUCUACUUGUUUUUGCCUAAAACAUUAAAUCAUAUUUAAUUCACAAUCCAAACCAAACCUUGGCAGGCUAUUUCUUUAUUUAUAUUAGAUUAGGUUACAUUGAUAAUGUUCAUUGUACUGUAUUAUAUAUAUGUGCUUUUCUUUCUUACUUCA